CGGAAAAACCGGACGUCGGGAGACAAUAAAUGACAAUAAGUGAUGCGAAGGCUGAUCGAUAUAAAGUGACCGGAACGCCCGUACCGAGUCAGAAAAGACCCACUGCUCUCUGAGGAACAGUCCGCUCUGAGAGACACCGCAAACCUGCACUGGAACCUCCACAACCAGAGACUCCCGCACAGACAGACAGACAGAAGGAAGGAAGGAUGCGCUGCACGCUGAUUGGUGCCCUGGCCGCCGCGUUCCUCGUCGCCGCGCUGGUGGAGCGGACGGAGAGCCACUUCACCUUCUUCAGUCCCAAAGAGAUGAGGGAGAUGAUGGAGAGAGGGAGAGCUGGUAAAAAGUCUGUGGACUUGGAGCCAAGGUCAGAGGAGGGGCAGUUUGAGGAAGUGGCCAUCCCAGAGCGGAGUGAGGAGGUGGGAGGAUCCCAGGGGAAGUCGGUGGAAAUCGGGGUGCGGCUGUCGGCCAAGCAGCUGGACCAUGUGGCCCCGGCGUUGGGGGAAAUCCUCCACGAGAUGCUGACAGAAACGGAGAAAGCAAAAUAAGAAGACCAGCACAGCUGCACAGAGCAUCAAAAUCAGGAAAAGAUUUUGAUUGGUCGAGAGGAUGAAUGGUGUGUUGUCUCUGUAUUGUAAAAGUGUGAAUAAAAUAUCUUAACGUUUCAUCAAAGCA